AUGGAAAAUCAGAUAAGUCAACUUGCUCAUCAAGUUGGCCAAUCUUUAAAGACACUGGGCACUUUUUCGGGUCAGACAGAGCAACCACAAAAAGGACAUAUGAAUGAUGUAACCUUAAGGAAAGGAAAGCAAUUAGAAAAUCCAAUUAUCAAGGAGCCAUCAAAGGAAGUUGUUGAAGGGGUAGGCGAAGGUGAGAAGGUGAUUGAUAGUCCGAUGAUCGAGGAAGAGCCAAAGGAAGCAACUCCACCACCACCUCUUGUUCCAUAUGUGCCAAAGAUGCCUUCUUAUGAAAAAAUUUUAAAGGAUAUGCUCUCUAAUAAGAAAAAGCUAGAAGAGAAUGCUACAAUUGCUUUGACUGCAGAGUGUAGUGCAAUUUUGCAAAACACACUUCCUAAGAAAUUAGGCGAUCCAGGUAGCUAUUCAAUUCCAGUUAAACUUGGAGAUAUUGAAAUUAACAGGGCAUUAUGUGAUCUUGGUGCAAGUGUAAGUCUUAUGCCACUUUCCAUUUGUAAGAAGCUUCAAAUGGGUGAACUUAACCCUACUCGCAUAUCUCUACAACUUGCAUAUAGGUCGGUUAAGUUCCCUUUGGGUGUACUUGAGGAGUGCCUCUUCGCGUAG